AUGCCCUCAGUCUCUAGCUCUUCAAGUAGUAGCGGCCAAUGGCAAUUCGUCCACUGCAAGACCGUCAAGAGCCCUCACGGCUUAUCGAACCUUCUCACCAGAUUGUACGGCCCUGGAAAGUUCUCAGUCGAAACUAGGCAAAAUGUGUAUUGCAUCAGAGCAGAUGCUUCGUCGCUCCCUCUAGACUUUGCUCGUCCUGACGUACGAGCCUCGUUGAACGGGAGGUUCUAG